GUACAGUGUUGUGUUCGCUCAUGGACCUUUAGAAACUUCCAUACAUUCGUAUCCAGGCUUUAUUUUGGAGUAAUUUAUUAUAUAAUUAAUCUAAUCAACCUUGAGCUCAAUUAAUUUUUUUUAUAUGUAUAGAUGAUCGCUUUAACAGUUGUUUUUAUAUUUUCAAAAUAAUAAAUAAUUGUUGUUAUUUAAUUAUUUUUUAAUGUGUUCGAGCCUUUGUAAUCUUAAUUGAUUCAUUAGUGAUAAUAUCAUUUAAAUACCCUAAUAAUUAAAGAAUCAUGAUUAUUUAUAUGAUGAGAAAAUAGAUAUAUUUGUGUAUGAGUGAUUGAAUAAUAAGCACCAAUAUAUAUAUAUACAAUAAGCAAUAAAAUGUCUGGAUUAUUCAAGAUAUUGUUAAACAGUGCAACGUUAUGGAUAUAUCUGGAAGCAAUUUGGUAUUUUUUUAUCAAUAUAGUGUACUAUUUUUCAAUUCCACGAAUUAUAUGGGGUUCCCUUAUUAUUGUUGUUUUAAUGUGGUUUAUUAAGAAUCCACCUCCUAAUCCAAAAAUUGUUAAUCAAGUACUGGGUGUGGACCCUUUUACUUUACAAAAGGAUGAACUAACCAGUGAAAGUUUCAGUAAUGGUGAAUCAUUUUGCAUGAAAGUAAUUGCCCACCGAGGUGGGGGAUACGAUUAUCCAGAAAACAGCCUUUCAGCCUUCGACAAUAGUAAGAGAAGAGGUUGCAAUACAGUGGAGUUUGAUCUUUCACUUACAAAAGACAAAGUUCCCAUUGUUUUUCAUGAUUCAACAAUUGAUCGACUUACUGGAAAGAGUGGAGUUGUUAAAGAUAUGACAUGGGAUGAAUUAAAACAAUUAGACAUCAGCUAUAAUCAUCCUUUAAAGGAAAAAUUCGAAAAGACUGAAACAAUUUUACAUUUUAAUGAAGCAAUUGAACAAUGUUUAAAUUUAAAUCUUCAUUUAUUUAUUGAUAUAAAAGAUCCAAGUCUGGAAAUAGCAAACAUAAUAAUUGAUGCUUAUAAAAAAAAUCCGAAACUAUACGAAAAAGCUAUUGUUACUAGCUUUCAUCCAUUUAUAGUAUAUUUAAUCAGAAGGCGAGAGCCAAAAAUUAUAGCAAGUUUAUCGUACAAACCAAACUGUUUUUCAACUUUUUUAUAUGAAACAUUUGAUAAUAUGUAUGGGCCCAUUAUAUCUAAAGUUCCAUUUAAAUACUCAUUAGUAAAAUUGUUUGAUGUUUUUUAUGAGUGGGCUUUAUCUCGAUUUACAUAUUUUAUACUUGGAAUUUCAGUUAUUUUGCUACACAAAGAUAAUAUUAGCACGAAAGUAGUAGAGAAAUGGCACUCUCGAGGAGUUCGAGUAAUUGCUUGGAGUGUUAACUUACCAUCAGAAAAAUUAUAUUUUUCAAAAACUUUAAAAGUCACAUAUCUUACAGACACUUUAUUGAGUGAAAAAAUUACAUAAUUAUUUUUGACAGUAAUUUUCUUAUAUUUUUGAUUCAUAAGCUUGAAACAAUUGCUAACAAAAUGACACAAUUUCUUAUUUCAGUAUUAAUAAGUACCUUAGUAUGUAUGCAUGAAAAAUUAAUUUUAUAUUCAUAAUUUUAUAUUAUAUCUAGUCCAAACCAAUUUUAAUAUAAAAAAAUAUCAAAUA